GUAUCGUUGGAAUUUAUUUAAUAAAAGAAUGAUAUUGGAGGAAUCACAUGACUCUUUCUUUCGAAAGAAAUUAGUAAUGAUUUUGAGACAAGUUAAAAAAAAGGUUGAUUUAUGGCUUGGCAGCGACCUCCGUUGGAGAAUGGGCAGCAGGUAUGUCAUAUGUGCAGCGGGUUACCCAAGGAUGAACUUUGUAUUUUUGUCAUUACUUGUUGGAGCCUUUGGAAAGCUCAAAAUGAAAAAACCUGGAGAAAUAGUAGCUCGAAUUGGAGUGGUGUUAUAGCUUGUGGUGAUGCGGUGAAGGCAGGAUGGAGGAAUGCACAGGAAACGGCGACGAAGACGUGCAAUUGGAUAGAUAGACAGCCAGAAGAGAUGGGAGAAGUCGAAAUCGAUGUUGAUGCCGCUCUCCAAGCAAAUGGUGACGGGCGUAGCAUCGGGAUGGUUGCUAGGGGCGACAGUGGGGAGUUCCUUAAAGCAAAAAGCAUAGCAUUGCAAGAUCGAUUUUCGCCAAGCACUAUGGAGGCCAUGGCGGUUGAAGAGGCGGUUAGGUGGGUGGUUGACUCGGGAAUUCAGGAUGUCAAAAGUUAAUUAUAUCGUCCGAUGCUCAGCAAAUUGUUCAAGGUCUUGCCUGUGAGGAGGGGCUACAUUACUAUGAUGUUAUUUUUAAAAAUAUUAGACAUAUGAUGGGGAAUAUUGCUAAUGUAAAUGUUCAUUAUGCGCACCAGACUGCGUAGGCAACACUUUUACUAAGGAUGUCUGUUCUGGGUCUAAUGGUAUCUGGGAUCUUCAUUCCCUUGAAUCCUUGAUUGUAUUGUUCAUUAGUUGAGAAUUGAUGAGUAAUAAUAAAGUUAUUUGAUUUUGUUUGCAAAAAAGAAAU